AUGUUCAUCCAUGGCCACAGAAGUCUUGGUUACUUUCUAAAUCAGGAAAGACUGCGUGCAGUGCCUUCUCUAGAAGAGCCGGCACCGAACCGGACGCCCUUUCUCCCUGGGGGCUACACCGUAAAGAAAUAUGGAUCGCGGUCUGGAGGUCUUAUUGAUGCCAUUCAGAUAGAGUUUCCUUUGAGUUUACGUCUUAAAUCUGGAUGGGAAAGUGCAAAAGACCGCGUGGUCAGAGCCAUUUUGCAGUUUUUAAAACUGAACUACUGUAUUGUGCAAUAAGAAAGGCCGUUUUCUUAACUGUCCAGGGUCGGUUUAAGAUUGAGGGAACUCGUCACUAUUAUUUCAAAACAGUAGGUUAUUGUUCCAGUGAAAACAAAAGUUAAGAGCCCUCUUAUCUUAAAAAGGUUUUUUUCAUCCCGGUCCAGGCCACUGUUGCGAUCGUGUCUUCGGCCUUCGGCCGAAGACGUAUCGGCCUGUGGCCGACGAAGCUCCUCGUCGCACGCGAGAAAAAACCUCUGGUACCCAGGGUAGGCCACUGUAUGGGCAGUGUGGAACCCAGUAGAGCUUUUAACCUAUAGUUAACGUUUUGAGAGAACAAGGAAAAGCGCUCUGUUAUUGCAUUUCACGCUGACUGAUUUCAUUUUUGUUCACUAUUCUUUUAAUGGACAAAGUUCUUUCUCUUUUAACUUGUGGAAAGAGACCUGAAUGGGAUACUAGUCAAUCGCAGGGUUUCUCCUGUCAGUAUUUCUUCCUUACCUAUUUAUACAGCUGGGUGAAGAGAGAUAGUGGAACAAUUAAAUUUCUUGUCCAAGUAAAAUAAUUCUUUUUUGUUAUGCGCCAAGUUGCUUAUUUUCCGAGACAACUGUCCGUUUAUGUACCUUUGACAGAAUUCGGCGACAACUAGAUUAUUCUCUUGUUGAGGGAACUCUUUAGACUUCUCAAUAGUCCAUGUGAUUUUUCGCUCAAGUUGUGAAAAAAAUUGAAAAAUUAGCAAUUUCAAGGAUACUUCUGAAACAAAUGGCUGCUAUUUUAUAUUGUUUGGUUGGGCAAGCUUUAUAAAGGUGCUUAGGAUGACUGUUUAGGACAAUCUUUAGUAAAUAUGAAGGGCUUAUCCGAAAGUGAAUAUUAAUACUAUAGUACUAAAAGAUAGUAAAUUAUUAACAUACAAUGUUAUUAAAAAAGCUUAAAAAACCCUCUCUUAAUUCAUCACAGCGUUAUUCCACAUUUUAACAGCAUUAUAUAAAAGAACAUUCGCUUCAUGUUGUUGAUAUUGGAAUGGGAAGGCCACAAGACAACUGAGUCCUUGUAUCAUGUGACUUGUGGUAUUUCAAAGAUAACAGUUUCUCAAAAGGGUAAUCCAUUUCAAGUCCGUCAAAGAGAAAACGUCUUCUUUCAAUAUAGAUUUGAUUGAUGGGUUGCUAUCCAAGUUCAAAAAAUAACGGCAGAGUUCCAGCCUAAAUAUUAGCAUCUAGAACAAUUCGCACACUUCUUUUUUCACCUUUAAUUUUUCGGAUCAGAAGCUGGUCCAGCCUUGUGAACAGGCGCAACAAGUGCUAGUUUGAAAGCAGAAGGGCAGGUUGAGGCCUUACUAACUCGUUUCUUAAUUUUACCAUUUAUAAUUAAAAAAAAAACCUUGCAAAUUUCACAUUUUCAUUUUUUUUUGUUUACCACAGCCGGCAGCUUUUCAAAUUUGCUGAAGAAUAUGUUCAUCUACGUUGCUCUACUAUCUAUCCUUCUUCUUCACGGCAUAAUUGGAAAAACGGAAUGGGGCUUCAAGAUGUUUUCAAAAUACGAACCUGGGAACAUGAGCUUAAUUAUAUCAUCUCCUCAUGAUGGCAAGAUCAACCCUUUGAAACAAGAGAAUGGAGAUCCUUGGCCAGACAGAUGGCCUGGCUGCGUAGGAAGCGAUGGGUGUGUGUGGAAGCACAAUUGUGGUAAGCCAGAUAACGAAACCUGCACACUAAUUGCCUACAACGACGCAGGCGCCGCAGUGGUUGCUCGAGACAUUGCUGAUGGUAUCAGAGCGUUGACUGGUAAGGAAAAUUGACCCAGGAGUACUCCCUUAUACGGCCUGUGCAGGGAUGUGCCGCUGGACAGGGUAUAGUUUUUUGCCUCUCUGUCCUGAACAGGGUAUAAAAUUUCGCACGAGGCUGUCCUUAACAGGGUACAUAAUUUCAUGGGAGUCUGACCUAAUUAUAAACAGAGUAUUGCCUGCAAGAUUUAUUUGAUUUGGUUGAUUAAUUUUUUUUGUACUUCCAAGCAACAAAAGUAAUUAAUAUAAUGCGUAUUUGCCUAUAUGCAAUUAGCAAUAAAUUGCUUCAAACAAGACGGCGCGCAUUUUGUGCCAACGCAUACGUAUUUCCGGUCGUCGCUUCAGUCACAAAAAUCGUUUGGCUGCACGGGAAAUAUGUCUGCGUACGCAGGCUAUUUGUUUUGGUAAAAGUAGGUUGAUUCAUGGCUCUUAAUCUCUUCAUAUCAAUAUAUAACACGUACAUUUUAUCACAUAGGUUUGCGACCACAUUUUGUUCAUAACGGAUUGAACAGAAGUAAACUCGACGUCAACAGAGAGAUAAAUGAGGCAACUUUCGACGUUCUAGACGCAAAAAAGGCCUAUAGAGACUACCACAAAUUCGUUGAAAAAGCAAGAUCAGCUAUUCAUGGUCGUGGUCUUCUUUUGGAUAUUCAUGGCCAAGAACGUCAUGACAGAAUAGAGCUUGGCUAUCUCAUUAACGGCAACCAUCUUGACAGCGGUGAGUUUACUGCAGAGAACACUUCAGUCAGAAACCUUGGCAAACACUGGUGUGGAAAUGACCCCUCCUGUUUCAAAAUGUUCAUCCAUGGCCACAGAAGUCUUGGUUACUUUCUAAAUCAGGAGGGACUGCGUGCGGUGCCUUCUCCAGAAGAGCCGGCACCGAACAAGACGCGCCUCUUUUCUGGAGGCUACACGGUGAGGAAGCAUGGAUCGCGGUCUGGAGGUCGUAUUGAUGCCAUUCAGAUGGAGUUUCCUUGGAGUUUACGCCUUAAAUCUGGAUGGGAAAGUGCAAAAGACCGCGUUGUUAGAGCCAUUUUGCAGUUUUUAAAACUCAACUAUUGUAUUACGCAAAAUGAAAAGCCCUAAUAAUGUUUGGGGCACUGUAUGGGCAAUACGAAACCUAGAGCUUUCAACCAGAUAGCUAACAUUUUGACAGAACAAGGAAAAGCACUCUGUGAUUGUAUUUCACGUUUAGUUCACUAUACUUUUUAAGGAUGAAGUUCUUUCUCCUUUUCAUGUGGAAAAGGUACUGAAUAGGAUACUAGUCAAUCGUAAGGUUUCUCUUGUUAGUAUUUUCCGUUGCCUAUUAAUACAGCUGGGUGAAGAGAGACAGUGGACCAAUUUUGAUUUUAAAUGUCCAAGUAAAAUAACUUUUUGUGUGCCAAGUUGAUUAUUUUUCAAGAAAGCUGUCCGUUUAUUUGCCGUUGACAGAAUUCGGCGAUAACUAUAAUUUUCUCUUAUUGAGGUAACUCUUAAAACUUCUCAACGUUCCAUAGAAUUCUUGGCUCAAGUUGUAAAAAGAGACCGAAAGUUGACAAUUUGUACAAUUUGAUACUCCUGAAACAAAUGGUUGCUCUAUUAUACUGUUUGGUUGGGUAAGCUUGAAGGUGCCUCGGUUGACUAUUUAGUACAAUCUUUAGUAAAUUUGAAUGGCUUAUCUGGCCAGUGUUUCACACAUGUUCUGUUGCACUGAGCCAUAAAUGACACGUGCAACAGUCAAAUGAAUCAGGCAACAAUCAAUUGCCAAACUAUUCUCUUUGUUUAAAACCUCCAAAUAUGUCGAACUUUGCCACCACCUAAAAACAAACAACCAUACUACUAACUAGAAAUGGGGACAGGUUUUCAGUUCCAAGUACUGAUGAACCUGUUGCGCUCAUUAUUGUCGCCAACUAUUUGGAGACAUUUACGUGUAAAUCGAAUAGGAAUCUGAAUGAUUGUUUUUUUACGAAAUAAGAAAACCGGAGUACCCCGGCAUAGAAAAUCUUGGAGCAGAGAAGAACGCCAACAACAAACUCAACCCGUCAACGCCGGGAAUCGAAUCCAGGCCACAUUGGUUGGGGGCGAGUGCUUUCGCCACCUCUCAUAAACGAUCACUGAAUCCGACCACCUCGCCACCAGAAUAUCUCACCACUAAACAACUCGUCACCAGCUGACCUCUUUGGUGGCGACAUGGUCUGGUGGCGAGAUGACCGUAAAUCACCACCACCUAUCCAAAUGCCAAAAACAGUUUACCCAGUCAGAGCACUGUAGCUGAAACCUCUCAUGGGCUUCCACUCCCCAACUCAAGGAGUAAUCCGACAUUUUCCCAGGGACAGUAAAUACUCGAAGGCGUCUGUCACUUUCCUCACGGGUGACAAUUUUCGCGCGUUCUCGCAUAUUCCGCUCCUUGACAACUAGCAGAAAGUCUACUACGUCCUGCAAGCGACUGCCAAACCAUGGUAUUUUGGUGGUCUCUUCACUCUACCCUCAUGGCAGUGGAAAUAAGGCAUUUUUAAUAAUAAAGCCAUGCGUGGAGUAUUUGUAUCAGUGACCACGAGUUGAGACGUGGGUGAAUUAACCCAAAUGUUUAGGCACUGCUAAUGUUGCCUUAGAGAAAUCAGUUAUAAACAGAACUUUCCGUGUGACGGUGCAGGUGAGAUUUACAGUGAAAUGAACACGAAACACUUUGCACUUCCUGAGUAAUUACUGCGUGUCUGUUAGUCUUUCAUUGUCAUUUUUCGACACAGAAAAAAGGUACAUGACACAAGGCCAAAAUAUUGGCUGGUUCGCCUCAAGGGAGCCCAGUAACAAAUGCGCUUUGAAUGCUAUUCAUAUGUACACUCUGCUCUUAAACUACUUUCAUACUUCUCCCAGUAAAUUAACUGUCGAAAACAAUGACGAUCACCUAAUUUCCAAACAUCUUGAGUCUGUGCGCAACACACUUAGCCAAAGAAUGCUACUUUUACUUUCUUAUAUUCUCUUGGCUGCGCGUGGUAGCGUCAGCAACUUUCAGAAAUUCUUUGCACACCAAAGAGUAUUGAGGUAUCCUCUAUAACUGCUUAAGCUACGGGCGCGUAACGAAAUUAAUCAAUUGCCUACUUUAUCCAGAUGAUGAACUGUUCAACCAAAUGUUGACGAGAACUUGGAAGAAAGCCGGUUUUAUUGUUUGUUAAAGUAGUUUUUCAUUUCUUAGAGUUUGAAAUGUUUCCUUACCCUCUACAGCUUCAAAGAAAACACAUUGGGACAGACGUAGAGGUGGAAAGGUUAGUAAUGAGUUUUGUCAUUCUAGAUCAUUGUUAGCUAAUUGGGUUGUAAAUUUUGCACAGUUUUAGAGGGGCUUUGAAAUUUUGUUAUUGGGGACUUAACGAUCCGAAGACGCAAUGGAAGCGAAUAUUGAACGUCGCUUAAAGAGUGAAUUUACCUUCUUGCAGUCUUCAUCGCGAUUAUUUCUACCCAUUUAUUUUAUCAAAAGUAGGCGAACCCUCCUGGAGUUGAAUUCCUAGGAUCCCUAUCCAAGUUCAGAAAGAAAAAUAAAACUUCGACGUCGGUUGUUGAAGUCCUCCAUGAAAUGUCAAAUUAGGCAAUUUCACGUCGUAGUCGUGCAGAAAAGGCAAAGAAAUGUACAAAAAAGUGUGAUGCACUUGCAAAGUUGUUGUUUUGCUCUUUUAAACCUAUUUUUUUACGUUCUCGUUACCAUAGUGUCGUCGGAUCGUAAAGUCCUUAAUAAUGCCAAUGCGCGUCCUUAGUCGUUAUGGAACUUGAUGAAUUUCUUGUGAAUGACAAAAUCACAGGUUCGUAUCAAACCACUCCCAAGCAUUAUAGCAAACGUUACAAACAGCAAAAAUGAACUUUGAAAAGCUGUCAUGCUAACGAGUUUUCAAAAAACCACAAUUGCAAUCUAAAUACCUUCUUUUCAUGUUUUGACUAUAGUUAUUUUAAUGUUUCACUCAGUUUGUGCCAGUUCCUACUGUUUGAAUUUUGAUAAAUCGCCUUGUGUAAGGGAAUCCAGGACUCUCUUGGAUUCUGGAUUCUACACUGUGGAUUCCGGAUUCCAGGUACUGGAUCCCAGUAUUUGUCAGUAGAACUUGUAUUCUGGAUUCCAAUCGUUAUUAGGGUUCCGGAUUCCUUGAGUUGUAUUCCGGAUUCCAAAGUCCCGGAUUCCGGGAUCCACGGCAAAAAUUUUCCGGAUUCCCUUACAUGGUCGAGAUAAAUUUCAUGACACAGUUCCUUUAACGUUGAAAUUACUUUUCAGGAAUGACGAACAUGCCUUGAUAAUUUCUUCUCUCUUGGAAGCCAUCUUUCUUCAUGGAUACCAAGAACAUGGGGUUAAGGUAAGGGAAACUGUCCUACGUUUUUGUGUUAACAAAUACACAUCAAAAGCUUUACGUCUUGAUUCUCCACUUUAGAAACGAGAAAGGAACUGGAGCCCAAAUGCUUCCCACAAUUGUUUCUGCGAUCGCUGCUGGCAGUGCUUUAGUGGCAGGCCUGUUGCUCGAUGCAAGGAUUUAAAUAUUCUUGACUCAUUUACUGUUACUUAUUUAUUUAUUUUUGAAUUUCUUCACACCCGGGGGGAUUCUCAACAUAAUUUUAUAAAUACGAGGAGGCGCCUUCCCGAGGUCCAGUCUCUUACUCUUUUAUCUACCAGUUGUGCCAGAAAAGGCACCCUUUUCGUAUACCUUUAAAUGACAAAUGAUACCCCUUUCACAUACUAGUUCAGAACGCUGCAUCCCUUACUUACCCCGUGAAAUAUGUAGUAGAAUACUAUGCACUAUUGUGCUCUUGUUCUAUUAUCUUCAUUUGUUUACUUGUAGCUAUUUUUCACUAGUUAGUAUCAAUUUUAACCGGACAACUGAAAUCACUCUCACUGCGUUGUCUUUUAAAUAUGAAUAAAUCACUAAUCCACGAAGUUUUCUUGUCGUUUUUACUGCCAUAAAAUGCGCCUAUUAGCCCUUUAGGUCCUUUCACAAACUGCAAUGACAGAUUUCGCUCCCCUUUCACAUACCUCAACUAGUGAAAUCCCUACCCUUUCAUAUACCUGACUCCUGAAAAAAACGACCCCUUUCUGACAGAGCCUCCCGUAUUGACCAUUACAGAGAGUACCCCGCCCCUAGGGCCUUCACAUCACGCGAAUUUAAUUCAGUGUUGUUUUGCAGACAAAUUUUUUCAACUUGCUUGGGAAGAUAUCCACUGAGACAAUGCCUACACAUGUAAGUUAUCUUUAUUUUCAGAAAAGAGUCAAGUAGAAUCAGAAGAAAGUGAAUUCAAACUUUGAAACAUUACUAGACUGAGAAAACAGCUGACAUUUUGCGACGCUACCACUGAUUUACAAGCGAAACGACGUCUGAGAAACAGGCGCAGAAAUUCCAUACUGAUGACGCGUCACUACCCAGAUCUGGGUAGUGCUUUUGAUUGGUUGAUCAUGAAGCAAAUUUCCCACGCGGCACGACCAAUCAGAAGCACUACCCAGAUCUGGAUAGUGACACGUCUUCAGUAUGGAAUUUCUGCGCUCGUUUCUCAAACGUCAUUUCGCUGGUAAAUCAGUGGUAGCGUCGCGAAAUGGAAGCUGUUCUCUCAGGCUAAAACAUUACCCACCCAUUUUCUGCGGUUUCCCGUAUAAAACACAUCAUGUAAUACGCAUGCGGAAGUAUAAUUACAGCUAAUUACAUACUGUACAAGCGGCUGGACGUUCGAAAAAGACUUCAACUGGGCAAUAUUCUCACAUUAUUGUGAGCUGGAUAGCGUGGAGUGGAGUUGUUGAGACAUUACUUUUUCUUAUAACACCAUUCAUUUGAUGUAAAUUUUGUUGCAGUCUUUUUGGUCCCUGAUUGUCAAUUUCACGCACAAGGACGUUCUGCAUGAGUUAGAGCACCUUUCUCAAAUUCACACGAACGUCGGUAAAUGUCGGGUAAGUUCCAUGUUGUUUUCUUUCUUUUUCCUCUCUGACCAUCUGAAGAAGGCACAGUGCUGGCAGUGGAACAAGCCCUGCUCUCUACCUCCUCCUUGUACAUUUGUCACUGACGAAACCAGUGAACGUUUUUCAUUCAACUAACAUGUUACUAUGUUGCUACUAGUACUGCAGCUCCACAAUUCAAGAUAUAAACCUCACACAACAAAGAAUUCUUUUAUUUGUUCUGACGAGGGGUUAGUCUUUCUUUAAGAACAAUGGACGGGUAAUGAACGUCUUCUAACUAUCUGACGCUCGCAAGUAUGAAAAUGGUGCCCAAGAUUUUAGAAACAUCACAUGUUGUUUUCCUAUGAGAAUACAUUUACCCGUCUCUUUUAAGAAGUAACCCAUUCCAAUCCUGCUUUAAAUGAAUCAUAUUUCUCUUUAGGCAUGGAUUAGGCUUGCUUUGAAUGAUGGAUUAAUGGAAAGCUAUCUUGAAACACUGCUGAUGGACAAAAACAAGCUUUUGUAAGUCGUCUGAUAAUUUUCAGGGUUUUUCCUUGAUUAAAAGUCAUUACUACUGAAAACUAAUCAUGCUUUUGGGCUGAGGGAAGUCUGUUCGGUCCGUAAUCGUAACACUGAUUUAACCACGUCUCUGCAUGUUGACAAAAAAAGCAUUGUUAGUAGAAUAUAUUUGUUUUCUCCAGAGAAUCUUACAAGCCUUCUGCAUUUCUGCUGGAUGCAGAACUACCAUCAAUCAUGAAGACCUUCUUGCAAGGUAAGUUGUCUCCUUUUUCUCUUCUUGUGAUGUUAAAGCUUGCCACCUUGUUUCCGAUCUGGUUCAAACAGAUUAUAACUAAGGACGCUUACCAAAACGGCAAUAAAUAAAUAAAUAAAUAAAUAAAAAAGGGCAGGACCGUAGCCUCCGCCACAGACGAAACUAAACUCUGCGUGGUCACGGGGGUUAAAUUUUGUCUGCGACGCAGGUCAGGUGGAGAGGUAGUCUUUUAAAAAAGUCGGCAUUUUCAGAGAGUUUUCGGUAAAAACGUACCGCAAGAAACCAAAAGGUAGGACCUCCUUUAAUUAAUUCACAUUCUUUCAUGCUGACAUAAACCAAUCAGAUGUCGAGGACAGCUUCCAGUUGGCUUCUGAUUGGAUUAAAUCUGCACGAAAAAACGUGAAUAAAUCAAAAGGGGUCACACUUUAGGGCUUCUUGCUGUAACUGUUCAGCCGUGCAUAGGUAUUAUUAAGGAAUAGACAGAUCUGAUCAUAAUAAAUUACCAAACUUUCCCCAGUAUGAAUUUACUGGUCUGGCCAGUCAGUUCUGACUCAUGGUAAUCGCCCUUGGAUUUAUAGUACAAAACCCGCGACUAAGAACCCGCAUUUUCCCAGGUUAGCCUAAACAGCCUCUUACAUAAAUGGUAAUUAGCACAAGUUUAGGCGAUGUAGGUUCUUAAAUAGGAUAUUAUUUUCUGAAGGACAGAUACAUUGUAGCUAAGAGUAUUUCGUGGUAUUCAGCUCAUUCCAUAGGUAAAACCUGUGUACCAUUACAAUUGCAGUUGUAAUUGAGUAGUAAGGCACCUAAGACACCAAAGAGGAUCCUGAAUGUUGACUUAUCUUAUCUGCCCAAGUGUACAGAUGUUUUUAUUAUAGAUUUUUAAAAUAAGAACUUGUUUCAAAUUUUACGCUAAACAGGUUCUUGUAUUAGAGGGGGCUAAACUGGCAAUUUUAAGCCUAACAGGUUCUUAAAAACUAGGUUCUUACUCGCGAGUUUUUACUGUAUCUCCUGGUUUCAUGACUUUGUUUCACACAAUUGCAGUUUUUUUGCCAUUAUUAUUUCAGUUUGACUAUUAUUACUUUUGCCACAGGUCUGGGAGAAUUCAAAUUUGAUUUCAACUACAACACACCUGGUCUUAACACCUGGACGGGUGAUACACUAGCUUACUGCGGAAUAUGGCAGUUACCAAAAGUUGCACUGCAAUCUCUCUCUCCAGCAUACACAGGUAAUGGGACAUGAAACAGCUCUACAGCCAAAAUUCUCCACAUGGCCACUUGUCUAUUACGGACAGUUCUCUUGGUCCCAAAAGAUUUCCAUAUUUCAUACAGUUCAUACCUCUAUAAUACGGACAGAUGCCUUGAUCCCAGAGAUUCCACAUUUCAUACAGGUCCUAACUCUAUCAUAGAACGGACACCACUCUAUUACGGCCAGUUCUCUUGACCCCAGAAAUUCCCAAUUUCUUACAGUUCCUACCUCUUUAAUAUGGAGACUUCUUUAUAACGGACAGUCUCUAGGUAACCUUUCAAUUACAGACAAUUCUGUUGUUCUUAGAGACUCCAAUUGGAUGAUAACCUUGUCACCAUUCUUACGUGAAGUCACCUGGGGUCAAAGCUCAGCUUGAAGUAGAAACCAGAGUUGUUGAUUGACAUGAAAUUUAUUUCGUUCAUUUCAUUUUAUUGGUUGAAUUGUCAUCAGGGUAUAGUACUCCACUGUCGGCCGCAAUAUUGCAAGCAUCAUUUCAUUAUUUUGGUUUGUUUGGAUUGUUCUCAGGUGUAGAGGGUCAUGGCCCGUCCACUAUUCCUGUCACCAUUCCAGCCCCGUCAGCGGUGAGUCCCCAGGUGUCCCGAUCCAUUGCAGCUCAAACGUCAAGCUCCUGUUCCAGUGAUGCGGAAGUGGCCGAGCUUGCUGGGGGCAGCAUUGAGGAUAGCAUGGAAAUGAAACGCCGAUUCGUGGAACAGCAAACGGAGGCAGCUGGUAGAGAGGCGGGUCAAAGAGAGGUGAAAAAUCCAGAUCACCGACCCUCUACGCAAAGCAACGACGAGGGAGGUCUGUGUUUGUAUUGAUAUUAGGGAGCUUUGAGGUGAUGUCACACGAGAAGAUUCGCAAGGACGAUUUUUAGCUCAACACAGCGUUGCAACAUUGUUGCGACAUUGCAGCGCUGUGUUACACUAAAAAUCGUCGUUGCGAAUCGUCUCGUGUAACAUCAUCUUUAGCAUCGACGACAACGACGACAGCGAAAACGUCACUAUUAAAAUGAAUUCGCGUUUUUUCAACGUUUUUUUGCGUUUAUUCCAAAUUGCUGAAAAUGCCAAAUGUGGGCGAAUGUCCCGGAGUUGGUUUCUUGGGGACCGUACUUAAGUUUAGAAAAACAAAGAAAAUUCGUAGUCGCUUGCUUACGUCCUCCAGAAAACGUGAAAUAAGGCACUUUCACGUCGUAGUCGUGCAGUGACGGCAAAGAAUUGUACCAAAAAGUAUGAUGCACGUGCAAAUUUGUUUUUGUGUCCAAUAAACCGACUGCUUUUAUGACGUUCUUGUUACCGUCGCCCUCGUCGUUGCUAAAACUCCCUUUUGCUAAUAGUAGACGUAUGAGACACUUAAUUGGCCUCAUUGUUCCAAAGGUGCAUAACGCUAUCCACUGAAUAAAUCUCUAUCAAGUGGAUAACGCAAUAGGCGUUUUGCAUUAGUUGAUCACGUGAUCAACGUUCUGUAAACUCGAAAACAGUUCGCUUUGGAAAAAUUUUGUUAGCACAAACUGAAAGAGCAUAUUAAAAUUAGCUAACCUGUACAUGUAAAUUUGCAAUCGCUACUUUUGAGGUACACGUCUGAAAAUUUACAGGGUUACUUAAUUCUAAUAUGCUCUUUCAGUUACUACUAACAAAAGUUUCCAAAGGCGAAGUAUUUCGUGUUUACAGACAGUUAAUCACGUGAGCAACUGUUGCAAAAGGCCUAUUGGUCUCCCGCUGGAUAGUGGUUUAUCCGGUGGAUAGCGCUAUCCAGCGUUUGAACGAAGGUGCACGUCUUGUUGUUGUAAUCCGUUCUAAGGUUAACCCUUAGUUGCUUGCCUUUUACACAGUCCAUCCGGUUGGAAAUCUCAUGGGUACUGUAACUGAUAGAUUAAGCGCCGCUACUCGAAUAAGCGCCGCACCUUUAACAGAGAAAUGAAAUAAGCGCCGCGGCGCUUAUUCGAUCAUUUACGGUAAGCACAUAAUAAUUGGAGAGUGUAGCGAAAUGGAAAGAAGAGAGUGGGAAAAAGCGGAAGAGUGGGAGCUCGCUGUUGUUUCUAGUUCACUUCUCUCUGCCUCCACUAUCUGAACGCCUAGAACAGGCUUAAAUUUAGUUAGCUUAUAAAACAAGCGGGUUUCUCAUACGUUUUAUCUACUAGGUUGUGAACUGACCUCGGCUACUGUACAAACGUCAUCUCAACAAGAGAAGAAACGCAAUACAAUCAGUCCAACCCCACUGAUGGGAAGUAACAAGCUGGGAAUGGCUGGUGGCUGGUCAUCCGCCUUUGAAACUCAGAUGAGCGUUGAUGGAAGCGUUGAUCAUGCAGGAAAUGCAGGGACAGUAGUGGUACCAGAGGAUACCUUACGUCCGGCGUCUCCCACUAGACUAAAAAAUGUACCAAGUUUUCGCACCUUGUUAAAGGACUAUACCGUUCAAGGCCCUAAUAGGUUUGAAGCACCUGUUUAUGAGGACCCUCCCACAUCUAGUCAACCUCAAGAGGUACAAUGUCUUUCAGUGAUUGUCAUGUAACUUCUCCUUACAAUAUCAAUGCAUUGUUCAACAGACAUGUGGUGAGAAUAGGAAAACGCAUCAGCCAGAGGAUUUAUCUUCAUUUAACCCCAAAUUCCCUUAAGUUGUGAUCAAGGAAAUGUAUAUCAGUCAGAAAGGAGAAUUACUCAUUAGAUCUGGCAGUUGAAGGGUUAAUUGGGUAGUCAAGUGACUAGAAUGUUGGACACCUGAUGAUUUUUAUACAUCCUAAUACUCCUGGUAGAUAACCGUUUAUUGGGCAGAUUUAUUGAGAAAGUGUGAAAAUCAGAGAGAGCACCGAAGUACAGUGAUUAGGGCCAAGCUCGCUCCUUCUUAUUAGAGAGCUUUAGAUUUAAGGACGAGAACGAGACGAGUACGAGAUUUAACUAAAGUUUUGCUCGUGUUCCCAAAAAAGACACACCGGAAAGCUUCAUUUUACUUGUUUUCGCCAAAAAAGUUAGUUCGGUUAUUUAUACUGAAGGGGGUAAAGCCCUCUUCCUAUAGCAAGAUGAUAAAACUUCUUACAUUUGAUAACUUGUUCCCGCCAUUACGACAUUCUUGCUAAUACUCGUAGUAGAAUGACGACGGCUAUCACGUUUUCCCGCUAAAAUGGCGCUGGUUCACGGGCGCGCAAUACUUAGUAUUGAGGAAAUCUCGUACUGGUAGUCGUCCUCGUCUUAAAAUCUAAAGCUCUCUAAUAACUGUUAUGCCUGCAACUUUAGAAACGAGAAAGAAACUGGGGAGAGUUAAUUUUCGCAAAGAUCUCUGGGACUGUUUCCAAGGACAGGGGAAAAAAUUGGCCAAUAGCUGACCGGCGCGUCCCCUCUUACGAUCCUAUGAACAUCUGCGGGACACAUUUCGGCCCCAGUCCUCUUCUCGCUUCUGAAGUGGCGAAUGGUCCAUCAACACGACUGAUGACACUUUAACGUACGGUAAAAGGGAGGCAGCGUGGCCGAGUGGUCAGCGCGUCGGACUCGCAAUCCGGCGGUCCCGGGUUCGAGUCCCGCAAUGGCCACUUGCUGGAUUUGUGCUCGGUCGUCCCGAGUUCAAAUCCUCGUCCACGCUUGUAAAUAGCUAACUGGUUGCCUCCUGCCAAUUGGGGUUUUAAAUCCUGUUAUGUUGUAUUUGAAUUAUUUGUUUUCCAAGUAUUUACUGAUUGUAAAGCACUUUGGAUCACUAAGAGAAAGGCGCUAUAUAAGCGUAUAUUAUUAUUAUUACAUUAUUAUUAUAAAAGCAUUCUUGCGCCGUCCCCUCGCUUUCAUGAACUUUUCUAUCACGUAGUAGUCACGUCCAGGGAUGAAUAGCAAUUCUCCUAGCUGCUUUAUUGCCGUUAAGAUUAACCAGCUGAUGUUUGUCGUUUGCCGUUACCGUGAUUCUAACUAAAUCUCCCGAAUAUUUAAGAUCCCACAGACAAAGGAGUGGGACUUUUCUGAAACCAUCACAGCGGCGGGCUUUGAAGUUCUUCCAAAGCGUGGAUCCGUACAUUCAACGCAUGGUGAGGACCGUACUAAUGAGCUCAUGGCGUUAGUGACUGAAAUAGCCAACGAGAAAGGACUAGACAGUCAGAACUACCAGUGCAAAGGAUGCGGACGAAAUAUAGGUAGGUCAACGAGAUUUUUCUUUGAAUUUUGACUUUCGAAAUGUGCAUUUUUAUUCCAAUUAAUUUUUCCUCAAGAGUUCGAAAAGAAUUUAGAACAAAGGAACGUAUAAUUUAAACCAGGGAUAAAACUGAACCACAACACAUUUAAACCAGGGAUAAAACAUGUUGUUGGUUCAAUUUUAUCCUUGGUUUUAAGGGGAUUGAAACAUCUUAAUUUUCCUUUGAACAAGGGAAACAUAUAAUUUAAACCAGAGAUGAAACUGAACCGCCAACACAUAUUAAAGGAGCUGUGUCAUGAAAGAAAUAUCAUUUGUCCUUUUAUUCGUAUUCAAAUGUUUUAAGGGUUCGAAACAUCUUAUCCGAACACACUUUUCGAAAAUCACGUCAUGCCCGGAUCACCGCGUCUGUCUUACCUUGCGACAUGACGUCCAGGGCAAUGAUUGUUUUAAGAACAUUUUAUUCCAAGUAUGGCAAUAUUUUUAGACUAUUUGUACAGUUAUUAUAGAGAGUUUUUCGUUUUUAUAGAAAUGUUUUUUGUUAUAAUUUCAAUUAGUAUUUAUUUUUUUGGAAUUUAUUUAUUCGUAGUUUUAAGUAACUGUAACGCAAUUCAGUCUACGGACUGCCAUGUUCGAUAUUUUAAUAAACUAUCUAUCUAUCUAUCUAUCUAUCUAUCUAUCUAUCUAUCUAUCUAUCUAUCUAUCUGUCUGUCUGUCUGUCUGUCUGUCUGUCUGUCUGUCUGUCUGUCUGUCUAUCUAUCUAUCUAUCAUGAAAGUGGGAACCGUCACCAAAAAAAAUCAAAACAUGAAAAGAAAGCAUAAAUAACGCACCAUACAAAUACAAAACAAGGCAGGGAUCGACAAACUUAAAGAAGACUGAAACCGAUUGCAAUUGUGGGUUUUGAAAAACAGCUUUUCAAAGUUAAUUUUAUUGUUUGUUUCUUUUGAUAUAAUGCUUGGGAGACAUUCGUUUGACACGAAGCUGUGAUUUGGUAAUUCACAAGAAAUUCCUCAAGUUCCAUAGCGAAUGAGGAGACGUUACUGGCGUUAUUAACAUGGACUAAAGUCUUGGGAUACUUUUGCAUUUCUGGGGCGUUUUCCAAUUCACACAGGUCCCACCCCUGCCCUCACCCCACAAACAACGUUGGACGCGUGUAUCCAGAAUUUUUCCCGAGUUUCAGCUUUGUAUAGGGUGAGGGGAGAGAGAACUGCAGGAAAAUUUCGAAAAGGAUGCACUGUUUUACAGAAAAUUAUGAACACUGCAUUACUGUCCCAAGGACUUUAGUCUAGGAUUGAAGACAGCCGUGAGACAGCCCCUUUAAAGUCAAUCAGAAACGGAGAUAUAUUUGGAACGAAUACCGUAUUUACUCGAAUAAGCGCUGUCCCUAUUAAGCGCCGCAUCUAAGGCGUGAAAAUUUCAUUUAGUAAGUGCUGCGAUGCUUAUUCGAGUAAAUAAUAUUGUCUAUAUAUUUUGUAGGCAUGAUUUAUGGAGAGUUCAAAGUUUGCACAUACGACGCCUGUUAUUACUGCUUUGAAUGUCACGAGAACGAAGAGCAUGUUAUUCCUGCUCGGGUCAUACAUAAUUGGGAUCUUCGGAAACAUCAAGUUGCCAAACACUGCAAGUUGUUCUUGCUUCACAUUGAAGAGGAGCCGCUUUUCAAUAUUGACGAGACAAACCCAACUCUGUACAAUGUCAUCAAGGAACUGCGUGAAGUCAUGGUACAGUAACAUUUCUUUCCUUUUUACGACAGGCUUCGGGUUCCCCCAACUCCCCCCCUCCCCGCUCCUCUGGCAUCUUUAGAGACGGAACGGCGCGUUUUAGAAAGUCAAUUGAUGUAAACUUACAUUGGAAAACAGUGGCGUCCUAGUUGAGUUUAAAUCGCGUUUAUUACCAGGAGGGGCAACGAUUAGCACGAGCAGUUAGUACGCAGCCUUCUGUGCGAGGGGUUCUGCGUUCGAUUCCCUGCUGUGACCUCAAAAUCGUUGUUUUAAUUUCUGUCCUUUCCGUGUAGCUUUAUGAGCACACUGUCGGCCUCCGGUUACUGUUGCGAGUUACCCACGUAAAAUAAGGAUCUUUACCCUUAGCUUUUGCCAGGAUCCCGAGGGGGGAGGGGAGCGUAUACCCCCCAAUAUAAACCAUAUAGGUAUGUGCUGCUCCAGAGGAUAUGGUUUUUACCAUUUUUUGGUUUCAAAAGUCAAUGGAUUUCGAUGAAACAAUGGCAGUAACCGAAUAUGACUGAAAAUCAUCAGUUAUCCAAAAUGGCGGUGCGUUGGAAAUUUUCUGAAAAGCGAAACUAGGCGCGACUGCGUGUCAAUGCCUGAUCCUUCAAAUCUUUUCUUUUAAUUCCAAGAAAAAAACAAAACAAAACAAAAUUCGAACAGUUUUAAGUCAUGAUCAGUCUGUUAUAACAAUGGAGGUUUCCUGGCUUAAACUUAGUCGACUGGAUUGAGUCUCUCUCAGCACGGAGUGGUCAAUUUGACCACUCCAGAAAAUACCAUAACAUACCAUAAUACUCUUUGUUUGUCAUCCCAAAAUUUUGCUGAAGCAUUGUUUUCAGUUUCUCUUGGGGCCAUUUUAACUCCCGAGAGAAACUGAAGACAAUCCUUAUGCAAAAUUUCGGGGUGACAAACAAAGAGCAUUAUGGUAUGUUAUGGUAUUUCUGGAGUGGUCAAAUUGAACGGUGUCGGUGUCUUUAGAUCUGUCCAUUCAUUGUUCAAGAACCACUACUCCUAACUCUAACCUUAACCCUAACCUUUACCCUAACAUACCUGCCAACAAUGUUUUAUCAUAGGUACUAAGAUCACAAUUACAGCAUUUAAAAGGAUUCGUAUACACUUGUAAAGAUCCUAUAGCCGAUGAAGUGAGGAGGAGAAUAUGGCCGCGGGAAUAUCUCUGGGACGAUAUUCAUCAGUACUCAUUGUUGGUAAGCGAUACUGACCUUGUUUAAAUGUUUUUUAUUAUUUUUUGGCGAAAUUCCUUAACUACAUGGCGCAUAUAUUCCAGCUAUUAGAGACCUUUAGAUUCAGGACGAGGACGACUACGAGUGCGAGAUUUGACUUCAAGUUUUUUCGCGUAUUCUCAAAAUAUAGACAUCCCGAUUGCUUUUUCACUGUGUGAAGGAGGUUGCACCCUCUCCUGUGAGCGAUAUGUCAAUAAAAAACUCGUAUCCUCCACGUUUUCCCGCCAGUCCUCGUAGUCGUAGUCGUUGCUCACUGUGACGUGAGCGAUAUGUCAAUAAAGGAUCCUCCUAGCGUAGCGUAUUUAUCUUCGAGGAUCUCAUGGUUACCACCGUACCAUUUUCCACUUGCUCUCGCUAUGAUACUGACUGCUUUGUCGUCUGCAUAUAGUCGUUACAAGCCGAAAAACCCAUUGAGCGAGGAAGCACCUUGAUUAUAAAAACCAAGUGUAUAAGACUCUCAUCCUACGUGCGUUUCUCAAAACUAAAAAAAAAAAAAUUUUAGGUGGACAAACUUCAUUAACAGAACAUUGAUUUUAAAAAAAUUCUUUGAAUAAAAAAAAUGAAAACUUUACAAGAUUCAAAAGUAUGUUGGCCUACUUUGCACACAAGCGCCCAAGGAUCGUUAACAAAUUGACGAGAAAAAACGCCUUCCAGGGGCCCGUUUCUCGAAAGUCCUUUGCACAAAUCAAAAUAAGAGCGCCCAAGGAUCGUUAAACAAAUUGACGAGAAAAAAAACGCGAUCUUUAAUGUAAACGGAGACAGCUUAGGCCCGGAAAACUCUUUAACGGGAAUUUUUAAAGAUCGAGGUUUCAAAAGUUUUGCAUCUAGCAUGAAAAACCAUCACUUAGUGAAACAAAAUGACGUCUGAUCUGUUGAAGAAAAAUUACUGAGAAACAGUUUAUUUUUAGAAACGGACGUCUGAUCCGUUGAAGAAAAAUUGCUGCAGUUUAUUGUUGUUGCGAAUGUUCGACACGGAUUCAAUACCCACGUCGCACCACAGUUGAUGUAGUUUUUACAAAAGCUAGGCAGAGACCUGUUGUAAGUAGAAGAACUUUCUUGGAAACGGUUGUCACUGGGAAACUUUUCUUGAUUUUAAAUUUUCUCAAGGGAAAAACCUUUGUAAAAAAUAGGGAAUUGGCUUCAGGAAAGAACGGUAGUAUGCUAGGACUUUGCUCAAGGGAUUUCUUGUUUCCACUUGUUUUAUUUUUAGGAUUUGAUUCAAGUACAAUCAGGACAGCUUGCUCAUCACCUGAAAAAAAUCAUUGCUCAUUGCACGAAACAUGUUUACAAGUGUAAGGUAAGCCAGCUUCGGUCACUUUGCAAGCUACAGUUUAUCGGACCGAUUUUUUUUUACCUGAAGGAAGGGCCAAAAUGAAAAAUCGGUCUAUAAUAAGACCGACUUUUGUGUUUUCGGGCUGAAAAAUCGUAGCGCGUAAACUGCCUUUAGAACUGCGUUUUAGGAGCGACAAAUACCAGCAUUUUAAGUGCCUUUAAAGUUGCUUAAAAGAUGUGUGCUUGUGCGUAACCCGGUUCAGAUGAUGUAACUCGAGUUCGGGCGAGUUGACAAAUAACCUUCAUGAUGGGGUUGCUCGAAACAUCGUUCAAUUUUUUUAAAAAUAUUUGUCAACUAUUGUCUUUUAAAAAUAAGUAGGUAAGGUUAACUUUUUCAAGUAACAGUCCUUUUCAUCAAGUGUUUAAAGCAGCCAUCAGUCGUAUCAAUGCAAGUGUAAAUCACUUCUUGUCAAAAGUUGAGCACAUGGUUUGUUACAAAUAUAUCUGUGGUUUUUCCAAAUCAUGUGAAAGCAUCCGUCUAACAAUUAAGUGGAACUUGUUCAUCAUUCAUAGGAACUAGUGGAGAAAUAAACUAGAUAAAAUAGAGAGUACAUUCACGUUUGUUGUUCUUUAUCCUACGCACAGCUUUGUUGUCAGAAAGGGUUCUUUUGUGAAAUUUGUAACAACUCGAAGAUCAUAUAUCCUUUUGAAGUGGCAACAACUACUCAGGUAAGGCUGACCGCGGUCGUUUCGCCUACCCUGAGUCGUUUCGCCAACGGUCCGUUUGCCAACGCAGGGUUCGCACAGGUUUGAAAAGUCCUUGAAUUUUAGGGGAAGUCCUUGAAAAGUCCUUGAAUUCCAUUUUCCUUUAAAAGUCCUUAAUUUUCUCUGCAAGUCCUUGAAAAGUUGAAUUUUCUUCAACUUUAAAUGUAGUGGCCUGGAAAGAAUUUUUUGAUGCUUUUUGUUGUCCAAGAUAGAAUAUAAAUCAUAGCGCAGAGAAUUUAAAGGUUAUUUACAUAAAGUGCUCUAUUUUUUAAAAAAUGUAGAGACGUUGGUGAAGCAAACAGUUCAAGCCUUUUUAAAAGUCUUAUUAGAAUAGACUGGGAAUGUGCAUUUUUGUACAAUCUGUGAAAUUAUAGUCCUAUUAGGUGGUCCAGGAAAAUCUGAUGUGGUCCUUGAGAAGUCCCUGAAAAAUGGUUGCAAUUUUUUGUAUAAACCCUGCAACGUCUUGUGUCCUUCCGCUUAAGAAGAAAAACGAGCGCUGCGCAUCGGUAUACACCUCGUUCGUUCAGCUACUGAUCAGGUAAAAGCAGUUAGGGAACUGACUUAACAAGUAAGCAAAACGACUUCAGUCGUCAGCGAACAGGACAUUAGCGAAACGACUGGCAGGCGAAACGACCGUAACCGAGGUAACAGCCUUGGACAUUAGCAAAGCCCUUGUUAAGGAAAUAGUGGGCUCAGUUAACAGGACGCCAGGAAGAGGAGAACGGCACAACGUCUGUGUAUGACAAAAGUGACAGGGCUACUGACAGUAUUACUUGCUUGUUUUGUCGUGAACUUCACUUAACGGUACUGUGCUCUGGGGCCCGUUUCUCGAAAGGCCCGGAAUCUUUUCGGGCCUGAAGGUAAAUUUUAAAAUCAAAACUUGUUGAAUGGUAGCACCAGGGUAGCACAGUUUCUAGCUCACAAACCAGUCAAAAAUUAUUGAAACUUUGUUCGUAAAUGCAAACACGGCAAGCAUAAAACAGCUUUUUGGGGCCCAAAACGUUACAGGGACUUUCGAGAAACAGGGCCCAGGGCUUUUACAAAAAGAUCUGUUAAAAGGAAGGUGAUCAUUGGCGGAUUUUUUUUCCUAACAUAAUUAUUGUCACGCUUGUCACACACGGUUUGUAGUCUUCUUUCUUCGGCCGUCCUAUUACGUAAGCUCACUAAUAAAUAACACCCAAACGUGAUUUUUCGUUACUUAGAGAAAGUACAGUAGUUAAAUAUCCCACUAGUUCUUCAACACAAGGUAAUGAUUGUAGUUUGUUUUCUCUGUUACUGUACCUGAUGUUAAUAGACAUGCUUUCACUUUAAAAAGAAAAAAUAUGUUUUGGUGGUUGCUGUGCAUCAUUUAGUGACAGUUGUUUUGGUCUUCAAUGUUUUAGUGUGGAAAGUGUAAAGCCCUAUACCACAAGGCUUGUAUUGCGGAAAGAAAAUGCCCCAAGUGUAUCAGGAAGAGAAAACAACAAACUGCAAAGACAAUCACCGCUACUGUUUUGGAAUUCGAUUCGCCUUGGUGAUUGGGCAAAGUAAAGGCAGAAUCAUUCAUUUAAAUCUGGAAAUUAAAUGACAGACUCACUAGCCUUGGUCGCGGGAAAAGUGGAGGUACACACUUCAAUCUGAGGAAUCGAUGUAUUGAUGAAUCUGCAAAUAAAAUGAUUAGCUGACCAGUAUUGGUUGAAUUUUAGAGCAGAGAAGUGUUUGGAAUGGCCGACCUACUUGCCUUGGUCAUGGGCAGAGUGGAGGCAUACACUUCAAAAUGAGGGUUGCAUUGAUGAAUAUGCUCAUUAAGUCAUUUGCUUACCAGUGUUGGUCAUGUGUUAGAGCAGAGGUAUGUGCUGCUUUGGAAGCAGGUAAAAUACAAAUCAGAUGACUGCGCUAGCAAUGGUCAUGGUCAGAGUAAAGGGAGGUUAGGGAGGGACCUCAUAAUAAGCCCUAUGGUUUCAAUUUGAGCUUCCUCGCCAGAAAAAUACUUUUAAUUCUUUUACUUGGAGUUUUCAUCUCUAUGAUCUUUAAAUAAGAUUUUUGUAAUCUAUUGCAUGUCUGUAUGUAUGUAUAUAAAUAUUUUUUCUGGCAAAUAAAUAACUAAAUAAGACACUUCAGUCUGAGUCUGCUGACUAGUAUUGGUUAUGUGACAGAGCAGAGACAG